GGACCCCUGAUGAAUACAAGACUCCUCCAGUGAAUAAAGUUUACUUUCUUCUGUCUGCUUCUUCCACUGCAAGGGAUAUGUUCUUUCCACAGCUCCCUGCCAUAGAUCCUGAUGACAGCGGUCGUAUCUCCAUCACUUUUUUCCGGCUUUUCAGGGUCCUAAGGCUGGUAAAAUUGCUGAGCCGAGGAGAAGGCAUUAGAAAUUUGCUCUGGACAUUUAUCAAAUCCUUCCAGGCACUACCUCAUGUGGCUUUGCUGAUCGUAAUGUUGUUCUUCAUCUAUGCUGUGAUUGGGAUGCAGAUGUUUGGGAAAAUUGCACUGGUAGAUGGAACUCAAAUAAACCGGAACAACAACUUUCAGACUUUCCCACAAGCAGUGUUGAUGCUAUUCAGGUGUGCCACAGGUGAAGCCUGGCAGGAGGUCUUAUUAGGUGCCAGCUAUGGCAAAUUAUGUGACCCUGAGUCUGAUUUUGCUCCUGGAGAAGAAUAUACCUGUGGUUCAGGCUUUGCUUAUUUCUACUUUGUAAGCUUUUACAUGCUGUGCGCAUUCCUGUGCCACCCCCAUGAUGCAGAUGAGGAAAUCAGACUGACUAGAUUCCAGUACAUUAUGGCUAAUGUGAUUUGGAAUGGAGACUUUUUGGCCUACAAUUCUCAUUUCCAGGGGUUACGCUGUAGCAGGUUAAUGAAAUGUACAUUAGGGGUCCUUGGUGCUCUCUGA